CCACAUUUACGCAUAGUGCUGCGUGGAGUGGACGCACAGGUUUCCACGCCGGUGUUAGUAAUCCUCUGUUAGCCUUUUUUUCUUUGUAAAUUUAACGAUUUUAAGGAGGCAGUUUUACGUGGCGAGCAACAGAUACAACUGAGCAAAGUUUAAUGACAAGUCAACAAAAAAAACAUGGAUUCAAACAGGAUGAAUAGUCCUUAAACAAACACAGAGUUUAGGGAUUUUACGUCUAUACAUUAGGAGAAUCUUACUAACAGUCCCAUAGUGUACACUGGAGGCUUGCAGCCAUGGCAGGGAAGGGUCGUGGAGUAGCUGCCUUUACUUUCAACAUUGAGGCUCUGGGCAUCGGCAGAGGCAGCAUGCCAGAAGCCAGGGUGGGGCCCAGCCCGCUGUUUCCAAACACAGAGUUUAAGCCGGUGCCGCUGAAAGCAGGCGAGGACGAGGACUACAUGCUGGCUUUGAAACAGGAAAUGAGGGGGGCGAUGCAACGGCUACCGCACAACAUCAAGCCUCACUCGAACAAAGCAGAAGUGGAGAAAUACACCGAGAGAUACCUGAAGCAGAGCCAGCUGGACGACGAGGAAUGGACUCCAGACUGGAACCUCUUCCCAAAAGAAUUGAUGCCCCAAAAGAAAAAACCUCGUUCUAAACCAGCCACAAAGAAGAAAACCGUGAUCUCACGCAAAGAAACAGAGGAUGUGCUGAGUAAAUUAGAAGAACUGGCAAAGAAAGAUGAUACGAACCCUGAAAAAUCAGACGAUGAGACGGAAAAGAAACCCGGGAAUAAGGAGGAGGAGGAAGAACUUGAAGCGGAGGAAUAUGAAGAAGAGGACAUUGAAGAGGACAAUGACUACAUCGAAAGCUAUUUUGACAAUGGUGAAGAUUUUGGUGCAAACAGCGAUGAUAAUAUGGAUGGUGAAGCCACAUACUGAGACAGUGUGACUCAUCCGUAUGGACUCAAGCAGGCAUGCACCGUUGAAGAAAACAAUUAUGUGAUUGUUUUGGGUUUAAUGUUGGAGAUAAGUUGGUUGAUAAGUGUUUUUUUUUUUAUUGUUCUCAUGUAAAUAAGAAAAGCCAAACUCUGUGCAUACUGGCAAUAAUUUAUUCAAAAUAGAUGUAUUUAUUUUCCAGCCUGUAGCACAUUUCCACAGUUUGAAAGGCACGUACUGUCAACAACACAUUAUGCUUUUUUUUCCAUGAAGUGUCAAGUGAACACAGUGAUAAAAUAAAAAAGGGCUAUAUAACAAAGUCUAAAAUUUCACAUAAUUACAAGUAUGAGUCAUUGUGGGAAUUAUGUGCAUCACUCAUUUUCCUCACCAUGCUCCGAGGUUGUUUUUUUUUAACUGGAGGAAAGAAAAG